CAUUAGCAGAGACACACGUAGCACAGCAAUAUUUCCUCUGAAUCUUAGCUUCGUGUUUAGAUAAGCUUUUUUACUUCAACGCUUUUUUUUACAUUUUCAAUCGUUGUAUGAAGCUUUUACGUAUAAAUAAAUAUGUUUUUUUGCUAACACAACUCCUUACUGGUGCUUGGUGUUAGCGAGGCGCUAACUGGCGGAGUCACGGGGCCUGUGAUGCUAACAGACACACUCGGAUUAAGUUUCCCCGUGGAAUGAGCGUUCCAUGCAGCAUCCUAGGUAUGAAUGACGUGGCCUGGCAGGAGACGCGAGGCGGGAUGCUGCACACAAAUGGUGCACCAGAGGCCGUAGGGGUCCGAGUCCUUGCAGGAGGCUCUUUAGCCACCGUAGGCGGUGCUGGGCAGGGGCCUGGAGGUGCACACCCUUUGCCAGGGAUGGAUCGUGGGGCCAAUCCGAACCCCGGCACCCCUCAGCCUCCCCUGAGUGGCCGUUCCCAAGAUGAUGCCACUGUGGGCUAUUUCUUUCAAAGGCAACCUGGGGAGCAGCUGGGUGGAUGCACUACUAGCAAACACCGCUGGCCUACUGGGGAUGGAAACCAUGUUGACCAGGUACGCACGGUGGAUGAUAUGAAUUAUGAUUUUCAAGCCUUGGCUCUGGAGUCUCGUGGAAUGGGCGAGCUACUUCCGGCAAAAAAAUUGUGGGAAUCCGAUGAAUUGGCAAAAGAUGGCCGUAAAGGGAUGAUGCUGGGUGAGGAAUGGAGAGACAAUGCCUGGGGUUCUUCCCAUCAUUCAGUAUCUCAGCCUAUUAUGGUGCAGAGGAGACCAGGCCAGGGCUACAACGGUAACGCAGAUGCAAGUUCAGUGCUUUCCCCACGCUCAGAGGGGGGUGGUCUGGGUGUGAGUAUGGUGGAGUACGUACUGAGCUCCUCUCCUGGAGACAAGAUGGAUGAUCGCUACAGAAACGGAGGCUAUGGUGGUGGAGAUACAGAUGCAGAUGGCAGGGAAAAGGGUGAUCCGACAGAAAUUGCUUCUACAUUCGAGGAAGACAAAAGCCCCGAGAUGAAGCUCGGAGAAGAAGGGGACCCCUCUAUAGGCAAUGCUAGAGGAUUACUGAAUGGAAUGGACCGUGACUGCAAAGACUUUAUCCAUACCCCAGGCAGCCGGCAGGAGUCGCCCACAGAAGCAGUGGAACGAUUAGGUCCUAGUCAGUCUGGGAUGGAAAUGAUGGGGCAGCACCACCCGCAUGUUAUGCAGCCACCGAACCCUGUGGCAAACAAACCUCCCACCGAGGACUUCCAAAACCAGGAACCCCAGAACAUGGGUGGUAUGGAGCAGCAGACAGGCAUGGAAUCGCUCCAGUUUGAUUAUGCUGGGAACCAAAUUCAGGUGGACUCAUCUGAUGCUACAGUCGGCCUGUUUGACUACACCUCCCAACAGCAGUUGUUCCAGAGGUCCGGUCAUCUCACCGUUCAGCAGCUGACAGCAGCGCAGCAACAGCAGUACGCUCUCGCUGCGGCCCAACAGCAGCAUCUUGGUGAACAAGCUAACAUGUGGAGCAUUGAGCAACGAACAGCAUGGAGCGAGAAACAACAUCUGCGGUUUAGAGGCCUUGCACCUGCAUUUGUGCCAAACCCUUACAUCAUCAAUGCUGGACCUCCUGGAACGGACCCGUACGCAGGCCUGGCAGCCGCUGCAACGCUUGCAGGUCCAGCAGUGGUCCCUCCCCAGUACUAUGGUGUCCCAUGGGGGGUGUAUCCAGCCAACCUUUUCCAGCAACAGGCUGCUGCUGCCGCUGCCGCCAAUCAUUCUGCCAACCAGCAGGCAUCCAAUCAAGGCCCAGGGCCAGGACAACAGGUGAUGCGUGCAGGGAACAACCAGCGACCUCUGACCCCUGGCCAGAGCCAGCAGAGUCAACAGGAAUCCCUUGCUGCAGCCGCAGGCAAUCAGGCACUGGCAUUCACUGGCAUGCCAGGUUAUCAACUUUUGGCACAAACAGCGUAUUACGAUCCAACCGGAGCACUUGUAAUGGGUCCUGGGGCUCGCACUGGCCUGGGUGGACCUGUCCGACUGGUCCAGACCCCACUUCUUAUCAAUCCAGCAGCUGCACAGGCUGCCGCCGCUGCGUCUGCCUCAGGCUCUGGUAACAGCAUGUCCGGUCCAGCUAACGGCCUGUACCGCUCCAUGGGCUGCCAACAGCCCCAGCAGCCUCAACCUCAGCAGCAGCCGCCACCGUCCAGCGGCCUGCCCUCCAGCUCUUUCUAUGGUUCUGGCUCAGUGGCACCCAGCUCCCAGAGCAGCUCGCUCUUCUCCCACACAAGCGCGGCACCUCCACCCAGCAGCUCUCUUGGCUUCAGCGGUACCAGCGGAUCUCUGGGCGUCGGACUCGGCUCUGCUCUCGGUGCCUUUGGCUCCUCAGUGUCAAGUUCCACCAGCAGCAGCGUGAAUCGCCGGGACUCGCUUUUGGCCAGCUCUGACCUGUACAAGCGUGGAGGUGGCAGCAGUUUGACUCCCAUCGGCCAACCUUUCUACAACAGCCUGGGAUACUCCUCCUCGCCCAGCCCUAUCGGCCUGACACCUGGCCACUCACCUCUGACACCUCCACCAUCUCUGCCUUCUUCCCAUGGCUCCUCAUCUAGUCUCCACUUGGGUGGUUUGACCAAUGGCAGCGGCCGUUUUAUUUCUGCUGCCCCGGGAGCGGAAGCCAAAUACAGGAGCUCGGGCAGCACCUCCAGUCUGUUCAGCUCCAGCAGUCAGCUUUUCCCCCCACCACGAGCCCGUUACAGCCGCUCGGACGUCAUGCCUUCAGGACGCAGCCGCUUGCUAGAGGACUUUCGCAACAAUCGCUUCCCAAACCUGCAGCUUCGAGACCUGCCUGGACACAUGGUGGAGUUCUCUCAAGACCAGCACGGCUCAAGGUUUAUCCAGCAAAAGUUGGAGCGUGCUACACCUGCAGAGAGGCAGAUGGUGUUCGGGGAGAUCUUGCAAGCUGCGUAUCAGCUCAUGACUGACGUUUUUGGGAACUAUGUCAUCCAGAAGUUCUUUGAGUUUGGUAGUGCUGAUCAGAAACUCGCUCUGGCGACUCGUAUCCGCGGCCAUGUUUUGCCACUGGCUUUGCAAAUGUAUGGCUGUCGAGUGAUUCAGAAAGCUCUGGAAUCCAUCUCCUCCGACCAGCAGGUAAUUAGUGACAUUGUGCGGGAAUUGGACGGCCAUGUGCUAAAGUGUGUGAAGGAUCAGAAUGGGAAUCAUGUGGUGCAGAAAUGUAUCGAGUGUGUCCAGCCCCAGGCUCUUCAGUUCAUCAUUGACGCCUUCCAGGGCCAGGUGUUUGUGUUGUCCACUCACCCGUACGGCUGCAGGGUGAUCCAGCGUAUCUUGGAGCACUGCACCCAGGAGCAGACCCUGCCCAUCCUUGAAGAACUUCAUCAGCACUCGGAGCAGCUGGGACAGAAGUAUCAAGGCGUUUCAUUGGAGAUGACCCCCAAAACGUAUUAUACAGUGUCCAGCGAUGCACUGUUCAAGGAUCAGUAUGGUAACUAUGUUAUUCAGCAUGUUUUGGAGCACGGGCGUCCCGAAGACAAGAGCAAGAUAGUGGCAGAAGUCAGAGGGAAGGUUCUGGCUCUGAGUCAGCAUAAAUUUGCAAGUAAUGUUGUGGAGAAGUGCGUAAUUCAUUCAUCUCGUGCGGAGAGGGCCCUGCUUAUAGAUGAGGUCUGCUGUCAGAAGGACGGCCCCCACAGCGCCCUCUACACCAUGAUGAAGGACCAGUACGCCAAUUACGUGGUGCAGAGAAUGAUUGACAUGGCAGAGCCAGCCCAGCGCAAAAUCAUCAUGCACAAGAUUCGGCCUCACAUCGCCACUCUUCGCAAAUACACGUACGGAAAACACAUCCUGGCCAAGCUGGAGAAAUACUACAUGAAGAGCGGCUCAGACCUGGGGCCUAUCGGGGGCCCCCCCAACGGCCUCAUGUAGGGGGCUUACACCCCACCCUCGCCCGCUUUCCCCUCAAAUCACGUCUGUUAUGGGCAUCUCCUCUCCACCGCGGAGUUCUCCGUCACCCUAUAGGGGUUUUACCAAAUAAAAGUGAGGUGGGCUUCACCUUAGAGUGCUGUGACGUCUGACCGUGCCCUUUUGCCGUUCCUGGCGCAGUCGCCAGUGUCCCCCCACCGGAGAGUGCAUGGUCUAGAAGCUGUUUUCUGGGUAAAGCACAACACUCUUGUUUAUGAUGUAAUUGAUGUAACUGACUGUUUACUUUUUCUUUUCUAGUAAAUAUCUUGUACAUUUUUUUUACCUUGUAAAUUCUCUGUAGAAAAGGAGACGUUUGCUGAAAACGUACAAAUUCUUACAAUUAACACCAGCAAGUGACUUUAUAAGGCCAAACUGGGUGAUCCUUUUUAAUCGUCUUUCCUUUCUCUUGAGUUUUUUUAGCCAGAAUUCUCAACGGCAGCGUGGCACAUUCAAGGCUCGUUUUGGCAUGACGGGGCACAUGCCAAAGCUGCUGAUGAAAUGAACCAGUCAGCCGAUCUCAAAGAAACUUGCUCGUAGGCUCUUGAGUUGGCUUUAAGGGUUCCAAUCAAAGAGCGUCAAUGGUGGUUUGGUGUGCCGGCAGUCUCGUUCGUUUCCUCCUUGUGUGCUCCAUCUUUAGUGCUUGUUUUCUUAAAUGACCCAACUUGGAGUAGAGAGUAUUUGAGCGGUUGCUCAAACAUCCCACCAUGACCAUUUCUGACCAAUGACCAAGAUCUCGUCUUGGUUCACUUUUGCCGUUUUGAAGGACGUAUAGAUUUAAAUCGGAGGAGCACAGCUACGAGUUGUACCAUGAUGGAAACCUGGAAUUCAUUUUUCCGUUCGGGUGGGGCAGGUACGUGAGGUUCGGGAGGGGGGGGCCGGGUAGGGGUAUGGCAUGCCGCGUCUGGAUUUAAUGUUUAAUGGAAUGAUUUUUCUUUGUCAUCAUGUUUGUGAAACAUCUAUCCGUCGAGUAGUUUUUAAACACUGCCUUAGAAACGGUAUGGUUAUGUACUGAUUAUCAUCUCUUUACAUUGUAAUAGCUUAGGCGAAAUGUAUAGCAUCUUUAUGUACAAGUAAAUAUGAAAUUGUUGCUCUUUUUUGGUUGGGGGUGGAAGGGGGGCAGCGCUCGAGUUUUAGAUGGCAUUCAGAUGCCGAGAUGGGCAGGCGACAACCUCGUCCGCGGUGCCAUCCCAGGACUUUUAGCUUUGGAUGAACUUUUUUAAACGCGAGACGAGAAUGAAGAUGCGCGGGAUGAGAUCGGACGUGGUGCUGCCGUCUUCUGCCACACAACCUUUCUGUAUGGCUAGUAUAUUAAUGGCUUUUGUUCUUUUGCUUCAUAUGAAUAAAUGUAGAAUACAUGUAGUAUAUGUGGAGUUAUUAAGUGUAAGUUUAUUAGUUGAAUAGAAGAAAAAAAGUAUCUAGUUGUGAUGUUGGACAGGCCUUGCUAAAUCGCGUAGUGAUUGCUUUUAUUUUGUCUGUACAGUUGUACAUUUGUAAACGUUAACGCUGUAAAUGGAAUGUCUUUUACACUUUUUGGGGAAGAAAAAAAAAUGAGCAAAAAUGUGCAUUUUGAUGUGUGAAUAUUCAUCACUCCUUUCCCCUCGAAUAUAAUGUAUACAGUUUUCUUUGAACAAGCGUUAUUUUAAGGAUGAAAAUCUUUUUAUGGCCUCACAAUCUCAAGGCGGUUUUGUUUUUAAUCCGUUCUCGGAAAAGGUCUGCCUCUCGAUGUACCUGGAGCAGCGACACCUUCUGUCGACACUUUCAUUUUGACGUGUGGCAGUUGAGUAAAAUAAUCAAAAAUUCGUUGAUAAAAAAGCUGUCUUUGGUCCUACCUGCUACCGUGGAAAUAUCACAGGACACAACAAGAAUUAUUUUUGUAUAAAGGAGUGCUGUAUUUUGGAACAGCCACUAACUUGUAAGUGAAAUAAUUGUAAGAUAUUGUCAAUUAUAUAAAUAUGAACAUAUGAGUUUUGUCACACUGUCAAAGUCAUGUACAUUUUCAGGUGGCCUUAUGUACAUUUCCAGAUGUUAGACGAGGAGAAAAUAACUCAUUUUUUUGGAAGCAGAAUUGUGACUAUGUAUGAUUAAACUGUUCUUCUAACAUUUGA